GUCAAUCGGUUUCGAUUCUAACUAGAACUCAGUGUGUGCUCGAGUCGGUAGAUAGUGCAAUCAUGAUCAAAUUUUCCGUGGUGGCUUUUGCCCUAUUGGGCGUUACUUUGGCCUACGAGCACUACGGUUUUAUCAAUGAGGUCAAGCAUAUCCCAUACAAGUGGUACGGUGGCGGCGAAGGCGGCAUCGGCGGUGGAAUGGGUGGCGGAAUGGGCGGCGAGUUUGGCGGUGGUAUGGGUGGUGGUUUUGGCGGCGGCAUGGGUGGAGGAAUGGGCGGUGGUUUCGGCGGUGGAAUGGGCGGCGGAAUUGGUGGCGGCUUCGGAGGCGGCAGCGAGGGUGGAGAGGAAUACUACUCGUACCCGAAAUACAAGUACGAGUAUGGAGUGAAGGAUUACAAAACCGGAGACCACAAGAGCCAAUGGGAGGUACGAGAUGGAGAUGUCGUCAAGGGAGAAUACACACUGGAUGAGGCCGAUGGAACUAAACGCAUCGUUGAGUAUUAUGCCGAUAGUAAAAACGGUUUUGAAGCCAAGGUGAAGAAUAUCGGACAUGGAGGAAUGCAGGGAGGAAUCGGCGGCGGUGAGGGUGGAUUCGGAGGCGGUUAUUACGGCGGAUACAGCUAUAGUAAGCUGAAAAAAUACAAUUGAACUGUUCGAUGAUGAUGCAAGACUGAAAUCAACCGAUGCCAAGUUAUGUAACCUAGAAUAUGCAAUAUUAAAGAUUUUAAAAGAUUAUAUCAUUUAAUCUGUUAGUUUGAAAAAAC